GAGAAAAGUUCAGUUCUCAAUUUGUUUGGAUAAUGAGACCAUCUGGGCGAAUGGAAUACAAGAGGCAAAGCAAUGGUGGUUCAGGAGGAGGAGGACGCCAAUUAAACAAUACUUGUAAUAGCAACAUCAGCGUCCCUAACGCAUUCAGCCCACGCUCCUAUUCGUCACGUGGCACUGAAAUUUGGAGUGUAGCAACAUCUGGAUCUUCAAAUUCAACAACUGAACUUCAAGGCGCUCAAUCGCCAAGUAUGGGAUCACGUGUCAGUGAUAGUCAUUUGCUCACUCUUGGCUCGGAUUCUCGUUCGGUGUCAAAUAAUUUGAAUAUAGCUGCGACGAUGGCUGAGCCAAAUCUUGAGGAGCAUUUGAAGGGUGUUCUCCACAAGAAGGAGGCUGCGAAGUUGACAAGCCCGAGUGAUUUCACGUUGUAUUAUCGUGUCACGAAGGGUCAGAGCAAGUCGGAGGUGGCAACUACGAUUCCAUUAUUCAUUUGUUACAGAAAUGCAGAUAAUCAGGUAUCCAACUUCCGUGUUGUGCAAGUGCUCACUGAGAACAAUAGCAUGUGGUGGACUGUGAUCAUCAAUAAGCAGCACACUCAGAUGUUCCGUCGCCUAUCCGACCUCGUUCGCUGCUAUCACUCGUACCGUUACAUCAAUCCAGAAACUGGAGGCUCAGAGAUUUUCCCGAUCUCGAAAUGUUCCAGUCAAGUGCCCACAAACCCGUGAUUGAGUUCCCAUGAUAUGCCAAUUCGACAAAGAAGUACAAACCAAAUGCAGAUCUUUUUUUUUGAGUAAUAAAGAUUUUAGAGUGAA